AUGGCUGACACGGAGAGCCUCUCGCCUUAUGGCACUGCCAGAGCAACCGUCAGCGGCCAGCCUCUCAGCAAGGAAGAGGUUGACAAGAUGAACCGCUACUUCCAAGCCAGUAUGUACCUGUGCUUGGGUAUGCUCUACCUGCGCGAGAACCCUCUGCUGGAAGAACCACUCAAGGUCGAGCACAUCAAGCCUCGUCUCCUCGGACAUUGGGGCUCUGAUGCUGGCCAAUCCUUCACAUACAUUCACAUGAACCGCCUGAUCAAGAAGUACGACCUCGACGCCUUCUUUGUCUCUGGUCCUGGCCAUGGUGCUCCUGGAAUCAUCUCCAACUCCUAUCUCGAGGGUGUCUACUCUGAGGUCUACCCCCAGAAGUCGGAGGAUGCUGAGGGAUUACAGCGCUUCUUCAAGCAGUUCUCCUUCCCUGGCGGCAUUGGCAGUCACGCAACCCCCGAAACUCCUGGCAGUCUCCACGAGGGUGGUGAGCUGGGCUAUUCCAUCUCACACGCCUUCGGCGCUGUCUUUGACAACCCCAACCUCAUCGCCCUUACUAUGGUAGGAGAUGGAGAGGCCGAGACUGGUCCUCUGGCUACCAGCUGGCACAGCACGAAGUUCUUGAACCCCAUCUGUGAUGGUGCUGUCUUGCCUGUGCUCCACUUGAACGGUUACAAGAUCAACAACCCCACUGUUCUAUCAAGAAUCAGCCACGACGAGUUGAAGAAUCUCUUCAUUGGCUAUGGCUGGGAGCCCUACUUCGUUGAAGGCUCUGACUUCGAUUCCAUGCAUCAAGCAAUGGCCGCCACCAUGGAGAGAGCCGUUACGGAAAUCAAGGCCAUCCAGAAGAAGGCCAGAGACUCUGGCAAGGCCGAACGCCCUCGUUGGCCCAUGAUUGUCCUCAGAACACCCAAGGGCUGGACUGCACCUCGCAAGGUUGAUGGCCAUUAUCUCGAAGGUUUCUGGAGAGCUCAUCAGAUUCCCCUUACCAAUGUCCGCAAGGACAACGAUCAGCUUCUCAUGCUUGAGAAAUGGAUGCGUAGCUACCAGCCAGAAAAGCUGUUCAAGGACGGCAAAUUCAUCGAAGAGCUUCGCGACCUCGCCCCGAGCGGCAAUCGUCGUAUGAGUGCCAAUCCCGUUACUAACGGUGGCCUUCUGCGUGCCAAUCUCAAGAUUCCCGACUUCAAGAAGUUUGCCCAGACCGUCAAGAAGCCCGCUGCUGAACAAGCACCCAGCAUGAACUUGUUUGCCGAAUUCCUGACUCAGAUCGUCAAGCACAAUCCAAACAACUUCCGUCUGUUCGGUCCUGAUGAGACAGAAUCCAACAAGCUCGGCGCUGUCUACGAUGUCACUCAGAAAGUCUGGAUGGCCGAAUACUUUGAAGAGGACAAAGACGGUGGCAACCUCGCUCCUGCCGGAAGAGUCAUGGAAAUUCUCAGUGAACACACUGUUGAGGGAUGGCUUGAAGGCUACCUUUUGAGCGGCCGCCACGGUCUUCUCAACAGCUAUGAGCCUUUCAUUCACAUCAUCGACUCUAUGGUCAACCAGCACGCCAAGUGGUUGGAGAAGUGUGCAGAGGUUGCUUGGAGACAAGAAGUUGCUUCGCUCAACAUUUUGCUUACAUCCACUGUUUGGCGCCAGGACCACAACGGCUUCACUCACCAAGACCCUGGUUUCCUUGAUGUCGUUGCUAACAAGUCGCCGGAGGUUGUUCGCAUUUACCUUCCUCCUGACGCCAACUGCCUUCUCAGCACCAUGAACCAUUGUUUGAAGUCAUCCAACUAUGUCAACGUCAUUGUUGCAGACAAACAGAACCAUUUGCAGUACCUGAACAUGGAAGACGCCGUCAAUCACUGCUCCAAGGGUCUUGGCAUCUGGCAGUGGGCAUCUAACGAUGCAAACCAGGAGCCAGAUAUUGUUAUGGCAAGUUGCGGAGACGUUAGCACACAAGAAGCUCUUGCAGCUACUGCUCUGCUUCGUGAGUAUCUCCCCGAGAUCAAGGUGCGCUUCGUCAACGUCGUCGACCUUUUCAAGCUCCAACCCCACGGAUAUCACCCCCACGGCCUCAAAGAUGAUGAAUAUGCAGCCAUCUUCACUGACAACAAGCCAGUGGUUAUGGCUUUCCACUCCUACCCCGCUCUGGUUUAUAGGAUGAUCUAUAAGAGAAACAACAAUAACAUGCACGUUCGUGGGUACAACGAGAAGGGCAACAUUGACACACCCCUAGAACUUGCUAUCCGCAACGGAACUGAUCGCUACAGCCUUGCCAUGCUAGCGAUAGAUAACUUGAAGCAUGUACUGGGUAACAAGGGCUCAAGUGCACGUGAGCACUUCCUCGAUACCAGAACCAAGAGCAUGAACUACGCCUACGAGAACGGACUAGACCCGGACGAGUUUGAGAAUUGGAUUUGGAACUACUGA